AUGAUGAAUCAGACACUUCUGAGGGGGUUCUUGCUCCUGAGACUGACAGACAACAGGGCGCUGCUGGGGCUGCAGGCUGCCCUCUUCUCUCUGGUCUACUUGGCAGCCACACUGGAGAAUCUGACCAUUAUCCUCCUCACAGUUCUUGACUGCUACCUCCAAACUCCAAUGUACUACUUCCUCAGGCAUUUGUCCUUCUUGGACCUGUGUCUCAUCUCUGCUACAGUCCCCAAAUCCAUUCUCAACUCAGUCACACUAAGUGACUCUAUCUCUUUCAUGGGGUGUGUGUGUCAGCUCUUCUUGGUGGUCCUCUCAGCAGGGUCAGAGAUUGGAAUCCUGACUGUCAUGUCCUAUGAUCGCUAUGUUGCCAUCUGCCACCCUCUGCACUAUGAGGCUGUCAUGAGCAAAGGGUGCUGCAUCCACUUGGUGGUUGUGUCCUGGCUCAGUGGAGGAGCCUUGGGAAUCUUGUACUCAGCUGGAACAUUCUCCCUGGAGUUCUGUGGCUCCAACAGGAUUCACCAGUUUUUCUGUGAUGUUCCUCCCCUAUUAGAGCUCAGCUGUUCUGAGGACCAUGCAGCUAUCAAUGUCAGUAUAGCCCUCGGGGCCCUCUAUGGUUUCUCAUGUUUCAUUUGCAUUGUGGUCUCCUACGUGUUUAUUUUAUCUACUGUGUUGAAGAUCCCAUCCAGGCAGAGCUGGUCCAAAGCCUUCUCCACCUGCACACCCCACCUCGUGGUUGUGGUCACCUUUCUCCUAACAGCUACUGUUGCUUACCUUAAGCCAGCCUCCAAUGCUUCUCCUAUUCUAGACCCGCUGUGCUCUGUGUUCUACUCUGUGGUACCCCCCACCCUGAACCCCAUCAUCUAUUGUUUGAGGAACAGGGACCUUCAAUCAGCUCUAAGUAAAGUCCUGAUCCAUGCAAGAAGCAGCCUACAACAGAGAUGA